CCGUGUUUCUCUUGCGCCUUGUCCACCAGCUCCCGGGGUCCUCCAAAAUGGCUUCCAAACUCGCCCAAAACCUGAAACAGCCGGCUCUGGACCUUCUGUCCUUUGUCAAUGCUUCCCCUACCCCUUUCCAUGCCGUCCAGUCUGCAAAGGACCUUCUUGCCAAGGCUGGCUUCCAGGAGAUCAAGGAGAAGGACUCCUGGGCGUCAACAUGCCGCCCCGGUGGAAAAUACUACUUGACCCGUAACCAGUCGACCCUCAUCGCUUUUGCUGUUGGUAAGAAAUGGCAGCCUGGUAACCCCAUCUCCAUGAUUGGAGCCCACACGGAUUCUCCCGUUCUGCGAGUCAAGCCCGUUAGCAACAAGCGCGGGGAAGGAUACGUCCAGGUGGGCGUGGAGACCUACGGUGGCGGCAUAUGGCACACAUGGUUUGAUCGCGACCUGGGUGUCGCGGGUCGGGCUAUGGUCCGUGAAGCCGAUGGGUCGAUUGUGCAGAAGCUGAUCAAGGUUGACCGGCCUAUUCUCCGCAUUCCCACUCUGGCCAUCCACCUCGACCGUCAGGAAAACUUUGCAUUCAACAAGGAGACCCAGCUGUUCCCCAUUGCCGGUCUCGUCGCUGCCGAGCUGAACCGCACCGGUGCCUCCGAGGAGAACGGUGAGAAGGCCGCCGCCGCUGGAGAGGACAAGGGAGAAUUCGCUCCCCUGAAGGCCAUGACCGAGCGCCACCAUCCCUACCUGGUCGAGCUCAUUGCCAGCGAGGCUGGUGUCAAGCCCGUCGAUAUCCUCGACUUCGAGAUGAUUCUGUUCGAUACCCAGAAGGCGAACCUCGGCGGUCUGCUUGAGGAGUUCGUCUUCGCUCCUCGGAUGGACAACCUGAACAGCACUUUCUGUGCCACCGUUGGACUGAUUGAGUCUGUGGCUGAGGCGUCCGCCUUGGACGAGGAGCCUGCCAUCCGUCUCAUCGCACUGUUUGACCACGAGGAAAUUGGCAGCCGUACCGCCCAGGGUGCCGACUCAAACAUCCUCCCCGCCAUCACUCGUCGCCUGUCCGUGCUACCUUCGACCAGCACCGGUGAUGCCGACCUUGCCACGGCCUACGAGCAGACCCUGUCUACCUCCUUCCUUGUGUCCGCGGACAUGGCCCACGGCGUCCACCCCAACUACUCGGCGAAGUACGAGAACGACCACCGGCCCCAGAUCAACAAGGGCCCUGUGAUCAAGAUCAAUGCCAACGCGCGCUACGCGACGAACUCCCCCGGUAUUGUUCUUCUCCAGGAAGUGGCCCGCAAAGCUGCCGAGGACGGUGGUGAGGGUGUCCCUCUGCAGCUGUUCGUUGUCCGCAAUGACUCCAGCUGCGGAAGCACCAUCGGACCCAUGCUGUCGGCAGCUCUGGGAGCUAGAACUCUGGAUCUGGGUAGCCCGCAGCUCAGCAUGCACAGUAUCCGCGAGACUGCCGGUACCUACGACGUGGCCCACUCGAUCAACCUGUUCAAGAGCUUCUUCAAGCACUACGCCAGUGUGGCCAAGACCAUCUUUGUGGAUUAG